GGACAGGGGUGGGGGGACUGCCCUGAACACCUUUCCUCCACCCACAGCGAGAGCACCAGCCAUUUAGCCUGCAGUGUGAAGCUGUGUACGAAGCUCUGAAGAUGCCCUACCGGAUCCUGCCUCGGCAGCUUCCCCGAAAGGAACUUCUGGUGGCCACGGCUGUGCAGUGGACCAAGGCAGAAGGCGGCCACGGUGUCCCACUGUGGAUUAUUAUCCUCGCCAUCCUCAUUGGCCUCCUGCUCCUCGGUCUGCUCAUCUACAUCCUCUACAAGCUCGGAUUCUUCAAACGCUCCCUCCCUUAUGGCACCGCCAUGGAAAAAGCUCAGCUCAAGCCUCCAGCCACCUCAGAUGCCUGACGCCUAUUCCCAGACUCCAAUCCUGAAGGCUCAGUCCCCCCACCCUCAGUCUACUGACGGGGAGGGGGCUGGGUGCUUCCUGAAGGUGCUGAGGGCCAGGGAGACGCUCCUCUCCCAGCCCAGAGACAUACUUGAAGGGCCAGAGCCGGGAGGUGAGGAGCUGAGGAUCCCCACCCCCAUGCACUGUGAAGGACCCUCGUUUACACAUGCCCUCCCCACGGACGGACGGACGGACGGACGGGGGAACUGAGAUCCAGGGACAGAGGCCUAGCCUCCCCGCAGCCUUUGCAUUUUGGAGAGA